AAUUUCAAAAUGGCUUUGACAUUUCUUCCAUUCUUCAAUUAAAUUAAGUCAAGAAAACCAAACUGAUCAAACUAUAAAGCGAUCUACGGCAUCAACUUUAAUCGAACAAAAGACAAAUAUUCGGUUGAUGUUUCGAUUGCGUAUCGAUCGAGAAUUCAAUGUUGAAGUUUAGCCGUCAAAUACGAAAUAAUCUGCAUUAGAACGGAAUUUGUUUCGUGCGGCGUAUAUGUGUGUUGGUUUUUAUUGUGAAACAAUUCCCAAAUUUAUUGCAAUUGAAAUCGCUGCAUAAGGAAUAAGUGAAACCAUGGCCGAUGCAGAAACACAACCACUGCUUCAGAAUGAUACUACGACAGGAUAUCAGGGCGGUCAAGUGGACAUUGUCGAAGCUGCUUUGCAACAUACAACAUCGGCAAUAGGACCGGAUGAUCUUCCUCCGCCAUAUCAGGUGCCCGGCACUGGUGGUGUGCCUAUGGUAACAUGUCGCGUGUGCCAGGCAAUGAUCGACAUAACAUUGAAACGGGAACAGCAUGUAGUCAAGUGCAAUCAAUGCAACGAAGCUACUCCAAUUCGAAAUGCACCGCCUGGCAAGAAAUAUGUUCGGUGUCCAUGUAAUUGUUUGCUAAUUUGCAAAAGUUCGUCGCAACGAAUUGCAUGCCCACGACCCAAUUGUAAACGAAUAAUUAAUUUGGCACCAAGUCCAGUGACACCUCCAGUUUCGUCGGUGCCAGGAAUGUGUAGAGUGACUUGUGCCCAUUGUGCAGACACAUUUUUAUUUAAUACACUGAACAACGCUCUAGCCAGAUGUCCACACUGUCGCAAAGUGUCAUCCGUUGGACCGGAAUUUGCACGCGGCAGAGGUAUAUUAUUUUUAGCUCUGGGAAUUGUUUUUCUAAUCAUCGGUCUUGGUAUUACGAUGGCCACAUACAGAUAUGCUAAGGAUCAUGGUGGAAUUUAUGUGGCUUAUAUCGGUGUGUUUUUGGUUUCUCUAUUCCUUUUCGUGCGUACCAUCUAUUAUUAUAAUCUGAAAGUUAGCACCAUUGAUGGUCCAAUGUAAAUUUUCUUUUUUCUAUUUUUUGUUGUUGUUGUUGCUCUCGCUUUCUGUGUUUUUGAGAAAGUAGCGCUGCGGAUGAAAAUGAUUUAUCUUGACAACAGUUUCAAUGUAUGAAAAUAUUAAACUGAUUUAAGUGCGACGUAUUUAAAUAAUAAUGAGUUGAAUAUAAGUUGAAAGUGCAUUCCGGAUUUUAUUUUUCCCGUCAUUUGAGGAUAAAAUUUGAGUUUUUAGUUAUAAUUCGCAAAUUGUUUUGCUUUGACAGCAACACGGGCAUUACGGCAAAUCAAAAUCGUUUUGAAUGUUAAAAGAAUUCUUCUGUUCCGUAUUUUCCGUUCGUAAAAAUAAAUUCUUGCGCAUUAUUAUUAUAAACAUUUAACGAUUGAGUAAGGCACACACACACACACCCAAUUAAAAUUUAGUCACAAACGAUGACAUUGGAGAUUUAUCUGUUGCAGAGUGUUUUAUGAUUUUUUUCAUCGUUCAUUUUCAUUAAAAUCAAACGAAGAAAGGAAGUGGAAAAACAUCAAAUUGUAUUUCGUAUCAAACAAACCGUUAACUUUAUUGCAUAAUAUAAUUAUACUCAUUGUCACACCAAACCAUACUGUACAACCAUAAUGUCAUUCGAUUAAAAUUAUAAAUUUAUGGUUUUCCAAUUGAUGAUUUUUGUUUUCGUAUUUUUAUUUUACAUUUUGUCGUUAGAUUUAAGAAUUAUAAAAAAGAAGAAACAAAAUGAAAGGAAAAUGUAUAAGUCUUUUGCAUCAUCAAAAUUAUAAAUAGUAAUUUAUAGAUUGUACGUCUCAUUCAUUAAGGUGGUGAACAGGACACGUAAGUUGUCGGAAUGUUCUUAAAUUUUGGGCUGAAAAACGAUUUGAAGUGGAUUCGUGAUGAAGAGUGUUCAAUGGAUCGAAUUAAAAGCCAUGUAUGGAUACGCUUACAAAUCUUCACAAAGUUGGAUGUUCCCAACCAAAGAUGAAGAAUAAGAACAAAUCUAGCAGGUGGUUGUCAAACUUAUUUACGUAGAUCAAACCAUAGUGCUGAUCCUAGCAUUAAUAGAAAGUCAGACUUGAAUGUGUUAGCUGUCUUUACUCACACCAAAAAAGCAUUAAAAUCUAAUCUCAACAAAAACAAAUCAUUCUGAUACUAUCAGCCUCCAAAUACGUUUCAUGUUAAUGCUGGGAGCAGUGCUAUGGGGAAACAUUUUAGUUUCAGCGAUGGUUAUUUUGAAGAACGUGCAGAAACAGUGUCCAAUCGAGCCGUUCCUACUAUUGGUAAAUUUGUUUACCGAAUUUACUGAAAUCUACCGAAUAGUUACUGAAUUUGUCGAAACAUAAAUUUGGUAAAUUUCAGGAAAUUCGGUAAAUACUUUUACCGAUAAUAGGCCCUGCAAUCGAGUGUAAUUUAGAAAAUUUUGUGAAAGGUAAUAGUUACUUCAACUUAACUCCGAUAAGAGGGAUGUUGCGUUGCACCAUAUUUAACAUAUUCGAAUUCCCUUUGUCACAUUGUUUUUGUGACUGCCGGUGUUAACUGAUACAUCAUAGGCGUUUGGGAGACCAGCACGAACUCUUUAAGUCUCUUUCGCAACUAUUCAUCUUCGGUUCGAAAUAUACUUUGGGACCAGCUUUAGUUAAUUUUAAAAUUUUUCUGAUUUUUCUUUACUCUGAAGACUGAAGAUCCCUCUAAUUGGCUUCAAAUUCGAUCCGGUCAAUUGACAUGUUUCAUCGCCGCUUUAUAUUUAGAAUCUUUACCCGGACAACAAUUUAGUCCACCCUAAUAAACAACUUUGUGAAUUGUAAAGACAAGAAAAUGCUAACUUCACAUAAAAAAGACUAUUAUCGAGUCAAACCAACAAUAAAUAAUUGAAAGAAAAAUGUAAACGAAAAUUACUUAUCCUUACGUAUAAACAACAAUAGACGGACAAAUGAAAAUUUCGUUAAAUCGAAAUGAUGUUUUUUAUCGCUUUUUACAGUAAACUAGUGUCCUGUUCGAAAAUAAUUUUGAAAACAAAAAAAAAAGUUUGAAAAUACUUAUAACGACUGAAAAAUCAUUAUGCAGAGCAGAGACAAUGCGUGAUAAUAAUUUAAUUUUCGUCAUUUAUCGGCAUGUGUGAGUCAUGUGUAGAGGCAUGUUGAGUUUUCUUCUAAUAAUUAUGAUUUUUCGUUGCGAUUUUUGUUUCUUUCUCAUAAAUUGAGAAUGAUUAAGGAAAUUUUCGACGUUGUCUUCAAAUUAUUAUUAUCAAAUGAAUCAAAGGUAUGUAUAUUAACCCCUACUUCAUUAUUGUAAGAAUUCUAUUGAGCAUGUGUAGAUAAAUAAUAUAACUCACAGCUAUCCAAAAUAUACAU